GUUCAUUUUUGCAUAGUAACAAAAGAUGGCAUUCAGUAAGUAUUUGUUUCCUUCACAGGAUCGACAUUGCUUUGCUGAAAUACUAAUUUGUGAUGUAGAUGAAGGUGGUCGUGGAAGAGGAGGGUUUGCUGGAGGUCGUGGAGGUCGUGGUGGAGCCCGUGGUGGAGCCCGUGGAGGUCCUCGUGGUGGAGGCCGUGGAGGUCCUCGCGGAGGCGCUGCAGGCGGUCGCGGAGGUCGUGGAGGCGGUCGCGGAGGUCGCGGAGGUGCCCGUGGAGGACGUGGAGCUCCUCAGCGCACACCUAAGGUAACCGUGGAACCUCAUAAAUUCGAAGGAGUGUACAUCGCUCGGUCAGCCAAGGAAGAUGUUCUGUGUACUCGCAACUUUGCCCCUGGCUGCACUGUCUACGGAGAGAAGAAGAUCUCUGUCGACCUUCCUGGCUCGACGGGAGAGAAGAUCGAAUACAGACAGUGGAACCCGUUCCGUUCGAAGCUGGGCGCUGCCAUUCUGGGUGGUAUCCGCAACAUCUUCAUGCAGCCCGGCAGCAAGGUGCUUUAUUUGGGAGCUGCUUCCGGCACGACGGUCUCGCACGUCUCGGAUAUCGUCGGACCGGAGGGCGCCGUCUACGCGGUGGAAUUCUCGCACCGCCCUGGCCGCGAUCUGCUGAACGUCGCGAAGACGCGCACGAACAUCGUUCCGAUCAUCGAGGAUGCGCGCCAUCCGCUGAAGUACCGCAUUCUGGUGCCCAUGGUGGACACGAUCUUCGCGGAUGUGGCGCAGCCGGACCAGGCGCGUAUCGUGGGUCUGAACGCGAAGUACUUCCUGAAGGACGGCGGGCACUGCGUGAUCUCCAUCAAGGCCAGCUGCAUCGACUCUACCGCCUCCGCGGAGGCCGUGUUUGCCGCUGAGGUGCAGAAGCUGCGCGAAGAGAAGUUCAAGCCGCUGGAGCAGCUGACGCUGGAGCCGUACGAGCGUGAUCACGCGAUGGUGACGGGCGAGUACCGACCGAACGCGUAGAGAGGAUAGAAGAAGAGAAUGAAUGAAUGAAUGAUUUGAUUUAAUUGAAUGAAUAAAAGAAUGAAUGAAUGGAUGAAUGAAGAGAUUGUUUAUGUGCUUUAUC